AUGAAUGCGUUUGGUCUGAUAUUACGUUCCUGCUGUUCAUUGUUCUGUCAAGGGACCCGUGCACCCAUAGGAUCCUACUUUGUUGAUGCCAUGUUACGGAUCGAUGAGGAGAUGCUUCGUAUUCUGCGUUCCUUUACCGGUUGUUUUCAUUCAUGCGAUAAAACUUAUCAUUACGUGUUAUUUCUGUUUAUGUCACGCAUUGAUCUGAUCAUGAGCAACUCGCAUUUUAAUGCGCAUGAGCAUUGUUCACAAACGUGCCAUAAAAAGAGGCAUAGCUCUGUGAGGGGCACAAGUACUGUUUUUGAUUGCCUGUCCUUUCAAACACGGCCUUUGUUACGUACACGGUUACCAAACGGUUAUUAA